CAAAACAACAAGCGAAAGUGCGAGCCGAAUAACGAUCGAACAACAUUUUCGGGACGAUCGUUAAUGUACAGUGUAUAAGAUUUAAAUUUCCUUGUCGAUACAGAUAUCGUUUGUCGAGAAUUUAAACGGUUGGACAAUGCAGUGGUAGAAAUUUCAGGAAUUUAUUACAGAACGAUAUGUUACUUGAAGUGAAACGACUCCGUGUGAACGAUAAUCGAUCGCGACAUGAUUAUGCAUAAUCGAUGCCGGUACAAGCGGACCAACCGAUGUUUCGUCGCAACAAUUCGGGCUGAGAGACCCACUAACGCCAGGAUCCGAGACGCCAGCAGCCAACUGCCCCGUCCAUCGCCCACCUGAUUAUCUCGACGAAUCCUUUAACACGAUAAACGAAGACAUUCCAGGGACCCUGAAUCUCGAAUCAACCGAAUCGUAUCUCGAGAACCGUGGUGUCCCCUAAUGCAAAAAACGAUCAUCUGUCGAGCAUGAUAUAAAUCGAAGAAUCUCAUUCACCCAGGCCAGAUUUGAAGUUAACCCAACAGGAACCGGAAGUGGACAUUUUCUAUAACCUAGAAACGAGGAAUAGUGUCGAAGUUUUGCUCGACAAAAGGAUUCUUGGGGUAGAAGAGGUUGGAGGCGAAAGAAGAUUUUGGGCGGUUUCGAUCAUUUGUGGCCGAUCGUUGAAUUUAGUCCAAAGGACAGAGGAUCUAUCCACGUGAAGAUCAUCGUCGUAGUAGAGACGGAUCCGUGGGACGGAAGGAAUUGCUUCGGGUGCGCAUCAACGAGGAAACGGACCACGGCGAGCCGAAGACGUAAACGGAGACGUGUCCGUGGCAUCAAGGAGAAAUGGCGUACGACGAUGUUAUCCUGCGGAUGGGAGAGUUCGGACGUUACCAGCGGAGGAUCUACCUGUUGCUGUGCCUGCCCGCGAUAUCCUGCGCGUUCCACAAGAUCGCCGGUGUCUUCCUGGGCGCGAAAAUGAAUGCCAGAUGUGUGCUGCCGCACGAGAACGUGGAGAACGCCACGUACCUCUUGUCGCAAAGCGUGAUUAAUGCGAGCUAUCCAUGGGACUACGAGAUGGACGGAUGGUCGCAAUGUUACAGGAACGACAUAUCUGAUACCAUGAACAAGUCGAUGAUCGACAGGUACGUCGACACGUCGACCGACGACUCGCCGAUCCAGAAGCCCUUCUCGCCGAUCGGUCUCAACACCCAAGGCCUGAAGAGGUGCGAGGGAUAUGUGUACGACAGAAGCAUGUACAAAAGUACCACCACCUCUGAGUGGGACUUAGUUUGCGACAAGGCAUGGCUGAGAGCUACGGGGGAUUCGUUGUUCAUGGUAGGAGUCAUGCUUGGCUCGAUGAUAUUCGGUGGUUUGUCCGAUAAAUAUGGGCGUAGACCAAUUUUCUUCCUGUCUUUAGUCAUACAGCUGGUCGGCGGUGUACUAGUCGCGGUUGCACCCGAGUUUAUUUCCUACGUUAUCUUCAGGUUAAUAGUCGGCUCGACCACCAGUGGGGUCUUUCUAGUCGCCUACGUCAUUGCCCUGGAAAUGGUAGGCCCAAGGAAGCGUUUGGUAGCCGGAGUCGGUUGCCAAUUGUUCUUCACGACUGGAUACAUACUCACCGCUGGUUUUGCAUACUUAAUAACCGACUGGAGAAUCCUACAAAUUGCUAUCACCGUGCCAAGUAUUGCGUUCCUUCUCUAUUGGUGGUUCAUCCCUGAAUCCGCCCGUUGGCUACUAACCACAGGUCGAGUACAAGAAGCGAAAGAUCUUCUUCAACGUGCCUCCUUAGAAAACGGCGUAGAGAUGCCCAGCGAGGCACUGGACACGCUUCUUAAUAACAACAGCGAGGACAGCGCGCCGGACUACAAGAAACCGUCGCUGUUCGAUCUUUUCCGAUAUCCAAACAUGAGGCGGAAAAGUAUAUUACUGUUUUUCAAUUGGCUUGUAAAUAGCGGCACCUACUACGGACUCUCUUGGCACGUGGCCAACCUCGGCGGUAACAUCUACGUUAAUUUAGUCAUUUCCGGGUUGGUGGAAAUACCUGCGUAUACAUUUCUGAUUUUCACCCUGAACCGUUGGGGCAGGAAGAUAAUCCUGUGCGGCUGCAUGUUAAUAUCCGGCGUGGCGCUGCUCGCUAUCCUAUUUGUACCUGCUGAUGCUCAGUGGCUUGUCGUAUGUCUCGCCAUGAUCGGUAAACUAACGAUCACAUCGUCCUACGGUGCUAUUUAUGUGUUCACCGCCGAACAAUUUCCCACGGUGAUUCGAAACGUCGGUCUCGGAGCGAGUUCAACUUUCGCUCGUAUCGGCGGUGUGAUUGCCCCAUACGUCAUUCAUUUGUCUGAAAUCUGGAUGCCUCUACCGUUCGUUAUUUUUGGAUCGUGCGUGCUUUCCGGUGGGGUGAUGUCAUUGCUCCUUCCAGAAACACUGAACAAGAAGCUUCCAGAAUCCAUACAGGACGGUGAACUGUUUGGAAAGAAACCUUCGAAGAAGGAGAAAAAGCAACAGUUGGACAUAGAACAAUUGAACGAAGUAGAUGUGAUAAAGCCAUUGAAACCACACGAGAACGGUGUGCACGAGAAGCAAAACGGAUGACAGUAAUUCUUCACGGAGAACGUCGGUUAUAUUCAAAAUAUGUAUUUGAAUCCCGCCCGACUGUAUUCUAGGCAUCCUUCUGUAUAUACGUGACUCGCGUAUACGGAUCUUAGUGUGCCCGUUGCCAAAAUUUUACCACCGAUUCCCAUGAGACUUUCAAGCUGCAUGAUCAAUCGAACGUAGGUCGCCGUCGACCAGAAAUGGAAACAACGGCUCAAGGGACUACUGAAAUCUGCAUCGAACAAUUUCAACUGGUUGAUUUAAACUAUUGAAAGUAAGAAGGUAGCAGCGUCUACCUUCCGUUUACACGUACACAGAACUUUUGUAAUUGACAGCACAUGGAAAAAGAAUCUGCCAGCGAACAUAUCAUUUUUACUCUAAUUUGUGAGUGUUGUUUACAUAUUAAGUGCCCAUGAAAAAUGUAAACUUGUA